CUUUCACUUCCUGAACUUCGUGGAGUGGAGCUUAUUGUUGUUGUUGUGAAGAAACUACUGACUGAAGAUGAUGAUGGAGGAAAAGGAGGACAGAGCAGGGUCCAGCUGUCCGUCUGUGAGGAGUGACCGGUCCAAAGAUCAAAAUCCUCCGGUCUUCAGUGCUGAUCCUGGACCAGCGAGAGGUCAGAGGUCACAGUCUGCAGGGUCCAGCUGUCCGUCUGUGAGGAGUGACCGGUCCAAAGAUGACCCUCCAAACUUCAGUGGUGAACCUGGACCAACGAGAGUGGACCAGCAGAGCUCAGAGGUUCCCAGUGGUCAGUCUGCCCAGCAGCAUCAAACACACCUGGACUCCAUAUUUAUGAUACUGGAGAACAAAAUCAUCACUUUUGUGAAGAAUGAGCUAAAGAAGAUCCAGAAGGAUCUGAGUCCAGAUGACCUAGAAUGCUUAAAGAGUCAAUGUGAGGAUGGGGAUCUAUUACAGGAUGAGGAUGAAGAGCAGAGUAAGAGCAGCAGAGAAGCAUUUGUAAAAAUCACACUGCACUUUCUGAAGAGAAUGAAGCAGAAGAAAUUGGCUGAGCGUUUGCAGAGAGGAACCUGCAAUAGAAAUUUCCAGUGGUGUCAGCAUGAAUUUAAAUCUAAGAUUAGGAAGAAGUUCCAGUUUGUGUUUGAGGGCAUCGCUAAAGCAGGAAACCCAACCCUUCUGAAUCAGAUCUACACAGAGCUCUACAUCACAGAGGGAGGGACUGCAGAGGUCAAUGAUGAACAUGAGGUCAGACAGAUUGAAACAGCAUCCAGGAAAUCCGGCAGUCUAGAAGCAAUAAUCAGACCAGAAGACCUUUUUAAAGCCUCACCUAAUAGAGAUGAACCAAUCAGAACAGUGCUGACAAAGGGAGUGGCUGGCAUUGGGAAAACAGUCUUAACACAGAAAUACAGCCUGGACUGGGCUGAAGACAAAGCCAACCAGGACAUCCAGUUCAUAUUUCCAUUCACUUUCAGAGAGCUGAAUGUGCUGAAAGAGGAAAAGUUCAGCUUGGUGGGACUUGUUCAUCACUUCUUUACUGAAACCAAAGAAGCAGGAAUCUGCAGCUUUGAAGACUUCCAGGUUGUGUUCAUCUUUGAUGGUCUGGAUGAGUGUCGACUUCCUCUGGACUUCCACAAAACUACAAUCCUAACUGACCCUAGAAAGUCCACCUCAGUGGAUGUGCUGCUGAUAAACCUCAUCAGGGGGAAACUGCUUCCCUCUGCUCGCCUCUGGAUAACCACACGACCUGCAGCAGCCAAUCAGAUCCCUCCUCACUGUGUUGAUAUGAUGACAGAUAUCAGAGGGUUCACCGACCCACAGAAGGAGGAGUACUUCAGGAAGAGAUUCAGAGAUAAGAAACAGAUCAGCAGGAUCAUUCCCCACAUUAACACAUCACGAAGCCUCCACAUCAUGUGCCACAUCCCAGUCUUCUGCUGGAUCACUGCUACAGUUCUGGAGGAUGUGCUGGAAACCAGAGAGGGAGGACACCUGCCCAAGACCCUGACUGAGAUGUACAUCCACUUCCUGGUGGUUCAGGCCAAAGUGAAGAAGGUCAAGUAUGAUGGAGGAGCUGAGACAGAUCCACACUGGAGUCCAGAGAGCAGGAUGAUGAUGGAGUCUCUGGGAAAACUGGCUUUUGAUCAGCUGCAGAAAGGAAACCUGAUCUUCUAUGAAUCAGACCUGACAGAGUGUGGCAUCGAUAUCAGAGCAGCCUCGGUGUACUCAGGAGUGUUCACACAGAUCUUUAAAGAGGAGAGAGGGCUGUACCAGGACACGGUGUUCUGCUUCAUCCAUCUGAGUGUUCAGGAGUUUCUGGCUGCUCUUUAUGUCCAUCUGACCUUCAUCAACUCUGGACUCAAUCUGCUGGAAGAACAAGAAACAACGUCCAAGAACUCUGAAACAAGAGAAUCUGCAGAGAAACACUUCUACGAGACUGCUGUGGACAAGGCCUUACAGAAUCCAAAUGGACACCUGGACUUGUUCCUCCGUUUCCUCCUGGGUUUUUCACUGCAGACCAAUCAGACUCUCCUACAAGGUUUGCUGACACAGACUGGAAGUAGCUCACAGAGGAGUCAGGAAGCAGUCCAGUACAUCAAGAAGAAGCUCAGUGAGAACCUCUCUGCAGAGAAAAGCAUCAAUCUGUUCCACUGUCUGAACGAACUGAAUGAUCAUUCUCUAGUGGAGGAGAUCCAACAGUCUCUGAGUUCGGGAAGUCUCUCCACAGAUAAACUGUCUCCUGCUCAGUGGUCAGCUUUGGUCUUCAUCUUGCUAUCAUCAGAAAAAGAUCUGGAUGAGUUUGACCUGAAGAAAUACUCUGCUUCAGAUGAGGCUCUUCUGAGAAUGCUGCCAGUGGUCAAAGCCUCCAACAAAGCCCAUCUAUCAGGUUGUCUUAUAACAGAGGAAGGCUGUACUUCUCUGGCCUCAGCUCUGAGCUCCAACCCCUUCCAACUGAGAGAGCUGGACCUGAGCUACAAUCAUCCAGAGACUUCAGGAAUGAAGUUGCUGUCGGCUGGACUGAAGGAUCCACGCUGGAGACUAAACACUCUCAGGGUGGAGCCUGCUGGAGUCCGAUGGUUGAGACCAGGUCUGAGGAAGUAUUCCUGUCAACUCACAAUCGACACAAACACAGUACACACAAACCUCCAAAUGUCUGACAACAACAGGAAGGUGACACAUGUGGAGGAGGUUCAGUCAUAUCCUGAUCAUCCAGACAGAUUUGAUGUUUAUCUUCAGCUGCUGUGUAGAAAUGGUCUGACUGGUCGCUGUUACUGGGAGGUCGAGUGGAGAGGAGAGGUUUAUAUAUCAGUGAGUUACAGAAGCAUCAGAAGGAAAGGCCGUGGUGAUGACUGCUUACUUGGAGGGAAUGAUCAGUCCUGGAGGCUAAACUGUUCUGAUGAUGGUCCUGUUUAUGUCUGUUACAAUAACAGAGUAACAUCCAUCUCCUCUUCCUCCUCCUCCUCCUCCUCCUCCUCUGUCUCUAACAGAGCAGCAGUGUAUGUGGACUGUCCUGCUGGCACUCUGUCCUUCUACAGAGUCUCCUCUGACACUCUGAUCCACCUCCACACCUUCAACACCACAUUCACUCAAACUCUUUAUCCUGGGUUUAGAUUAGGUUUUGAUUCCUUAUUAACUCUGUGCUGAGUGGAGUGUAAAGAGUGUCUCCUGUUAGAGAAACACUCUGACUGUUGAACAGAUAGUUCAGUCUGUACAUCUCUGUCUCUUUCACUCACAAAUACGUUUUCAGAUUCAUGGAUUGAAUCAGUUGAUGUUUGACACUGUUCUAAAUGAUUCCUUGUAAACUUCUUCCUCUUCAGUCCUUUAAAGAUGGAAGCUCCCAUUAUUCCAGGAUCCACAUGUUGUUUUUCUGUCUUUUUCCACUCAAAGCUUCACAGUGAAUAUCAGUACGUUAUGUUUCUCUGAAGCUCAGUUCACAACCAGCUCCUCUGCAUUUUCAACAAGUCUGAGCUCAUUAAAAUGAAUUCAAAUGUUUG